AUGAGGGUUCCAAAUUUUCUGCUCGCCGCCUUGUCGGCAACAACAGCUGUAUCGGCCGCAGCGCCAAAGCGGCCGUACUUUUACAAAGGCCAUGAUCUGUCAUCGCUGAAGAUUCUUGAAGAGGGCGGCGCCGUAUACAAGGACACUGCUCGAGGCAAUGCAACCAGGCCAGCAGAGGAUAUCCUUGGAGAUGGUGGCAUGAAUACCGUUCGGUUACGGCUCUGGGUGGACCCAACAGUGCCAUUCGAUGGAGGAUACUACCAAUCCUACGAUCUCGAAUACGUCCUAUCAAUCGCCAAGCGUUUCCACAAAAAGGGCUACAAAAUCUACCUCGACUACCAUUUCUCCGACUACUGGGCAGACCCACAGAAGCAAUGGCAACCUGUCGCUUGGCCAACAACUCUCAAGCCUCUCGCAAAGACACUCCGUGGCUACGUCUCUGAGAGUCUCCAAGCUUUCCACAAAGCUGGCGUCGAUUUGGCAUUGGUCAGUCUUGGCAACGAAAUCCGCAAUGGUAUGAUCUGGCCUUUGGGCAGAGUGAGUGUGACUGUCGAGCCUGAAUCUGCUCGUAUUGCCAAUUUCACUGGCCUUGCGACACUUUACAAAGCUGCGCGAAAUGGCGUCGAUGAUGCUGUUAAAGCUGGACUGCGGAAGCCACAAGUCAUGAUUCAUAUCGACAAUGGCUACGAUCUUUCGCUACAGCAACGCUGGUUUGGUGCUCUUGUGGGUACUGGCAUUGUCAAGACUUCAGACUGGGAUAUCUUCGGGUUCAGUAUCUAUCCCUUCUAUGGCACUUCUGCGACCUUGGCAAACUUGAAGACAACUGUGAACUGGGUCGCCAAUAAGUAUAAGAAGCCCAUUCAAGUCGUGGAAACGGACUGGCCAGCGAUUUGUACAGGAGAAGGCGUACCGACGCUCAGCGAGCCUAGCAUUCCUGCUAGUGUUGAAGGCCAGCUCGAGUGGGUUGGGAAGGUCAUUGAUGUCGUCAAGGAGAUCCCGAGAGGUCUCGGGCAGGGUGUUCAUUACUGGGAGCCUGCGUGGUUGAACAAUACUGGUCUUGGCAGUGCCUGUCAGGAUGCCAUCUUGUUCGAUGCUGAUUGGAGCACGUUCCCGAACGUGACGGCGUAUAGCAGAGAGAGCGUCAAUAUGUUCAAAGGGGUGUAAAGAUUCGAGAGACAGGUAUGCUGCAGAAACUCACUGCGAUUGCCCAUCAGUCUAGCUAGGUAUAUUGUGCAACAUGAGAUCCCGCAAAAGAA